AUGCCGCCUCUCUUAGCUGAGAGCGGCAGUUCUCAUGCUGGGACGCUUCAGAAUGACAUUAGAUUUGGCCUCUGUCUUCUUAAUGUCCCGCUGGAAAUGGUAAUUCCAAAGCAUAAGUUUGUCCUUGUGAAAUUCGACACACAAUAUCCUUAUGGUGAGAAACAAGAUGAGUUUAAAAAGCUGGCAGAGAGCUCAGGCUCCAGUGAGGAUCUGCUGGUGGCUGAGGUGGGAAUAUCAGAUUACGGUGAUAAACUGAACACCGAGCUGGGAGAAAAGUACAAGCUAGAUAAGGAGAAGUUCCCUGUUUUUUACUUGUUCCAGGAUGGUGACUUUGACAAUCCCUUACCUUACAGCGGCCAAAUCAAGGCCGGGGCUAUUCAGCGCUGGCUGAAGAGUAACGGCAUCUACCUGGGGAUGCCAGGCUGCCUGAAAGAGUACGACAUGCUGGCCAGCAAGUUUGUGAGCACCACUGAGAAAUCAGAACGCCAGUCCCUCCUGAAAAAGGGGCAAGAGAGUUUAGAAAAAACAAAAGAAACGGAGAAGAAGUCAGCUGAGCAAUACUUGAAAAUUAUGAGCAAGAUACUGGAGCAGGGAGAAGAGUUUGCUGCUAAUGAAGUCGUCCGAAUCACAAAACUCAUCGAGAAGAACAAAAUGAGUGAUGGAAAAAAGGAGGAGCUCCAGAAAAGCCUCAAUAUCCUUGCUUCUUUCCUGAAGAAGAAUAAUGAAAAAGAUGAGCUCUAAUGUGUUGGAGAACUUUGUACAAGCUGUGAAACACUGUCAAGAGUCCUAACCAGUUCUCCUUAUGCAAGCAAACUUCCCGCUGACUUCAAGAGAGCAGCAGAUUUCCUUCUGGUAUUCUCAGUUUAGAAGAUCAACAGGAAGACAUUCCUUAAAAACAAAGUAUUCAAAAUGUUGGAAAAAUCACCUUAAAGCAAGACGCCAGUAUUGUGUAAUACUAUUCAAUAACAGUGUUAAAGUAGACCCAAAAGAAAAGCACUAGAUUGGCCUGAAGCACAUUCCUGGUGGUUUUUACAGCUAUUCCCUGGCAAACAAAUAACAAAAUUCAGUCUCGCAUUCCAUCUUACAUGUUGUGAAACGUACAGAUCGGGUGCCCCUCGCAUCCCCACCUUUCCCUGUUCUUAGUGUCCUUGGGUUUUGUGGUCUUUAAUCUACCCCUCCUCCUCCUACCUUUUGUUUUCCCAAUAGGGCUCCUUCUCCAAGUCUUGUUCUCCUUACCUGUUGUUGACUAAGAGACCCGGAGUUUCCU